GCUCCUGCCAGCCUUCACCAAGGAAAUCGCAGCUCGGGGAGGCAAGUGGAGCUAAACCGGCGGCAGGUUUAAAUGUUUAUUUGGCUUCUUGGCUACUGAUUAGAGAACACAAAAUGAAUAACUCAACAAACUCCUCUAACAAUGGCCUGGCUCUGACCAGUCCUUAUAAGACAUUCGAAGUGGUGUUUAUUGUCCUUGUGGCUGGAUCCCUCAGUUUGGUGACCAUUAUCGGGAACAUCCUGGUCAUGGUCUCCAUUAAAGUCAACCGCCACCUCCAGACUGUCAACAAUUACUUUUUGUUCAGCUUGGCCUGUGCUGACCUCAUCAUUGGUGUUUUCUCCAUGAACUUGUACACCCUCUACACUGUGAUUGGCUACUGGCCUUUGGGACCUGUGGUGUGUGACCUUUGGCUAGCCCUGGACUAUGUGGUCAGCAAUGCCUCAGUGAUGAAUCUGCUUAUCAUCAGCUUUGACAGGUAUUUCUGUGUCACGAAACCGCUCACCUACCCAGUCAAGCGCACCACGAAAAUGGCAGGUAUGAUGAUUGCAGCUGCCUGGGUCCUCUCCUUCAUCCUCUGGGCUCCAGCCAUUCUCUUCUGGCAGUUCAUUGUAGGGGUGAGAACUGUGGAGGAUGGGGAAUGCUACAUUCAGUUUUUUUCCAACGCUGCUGUUACUUUUGGUACUGCCAUUGCAGCCUUCUAUUUGCCUGUGAUCAUCAUGACUGUGUUAUACUGGCACAUAUCCCGAGCCAGCAAGAGCAGGAUAAAGAAAGAGAAGAAGGAGCCUGUGGCCAACCAAGAUCCAGUUUCUCCAAGUCUGAUACAAGGAAGGAUAGUGAAGCCAAACAACAAUAACAUGCCCAGCAGUGAUGAUGGUCUGGAGCACAACAAAAUCCAGAAUGGCAAGGCUACCAGAGAUGCUGUGACUGAAAACUGUGUCCAGGGGGAGGAGAAAGAGAGCUCCAAUGAUUCCACCUCAGUCAGUGCUGUCGCCUCUAAUAUGAGAGAAGAUGAAAUAACCCAGGAUGAAAACACAGUUUCUACUUCCCUGGGCCAUUCCAAAGAUGAGAACUCUAAGCAAACAUGCAUCAAGAUUGUCACCAAGACCCAAAAAGGGGACUCGUGCACCCCAAUUAAUACCACUGUGGAGCUAGUUGGUUCUUCAGGUCAAAAUGGAGAUGAAAAACAGAACAUCGUAGCUCGCAAGAUUGUGAAAAUGACUAAGCAGCCUGCAAAAAAGAAGCCUCCUCCUUCCCGGGAAAAGAAAGUGACCAGGACAAUCUUGGCUAUUCUGUUGGCUUUCAUCAUCACUUGGGCCCCAUACAAUGUCAUGGUGCUCAUUAACACCUUCUGUGCACCCUGCAUCCCCAACACAGUAUGGACAAUUGGUUAUUGGCUUUGUUACAUCAAUAGCACUAUCAACCCUGCCUGUUACGCACUUUGUAAUGCCACCUUCAAGAAGACCUUUAAACACCUUCUAAUGUGUCAUUACAAGAAUAUAGGCGCUACAAGGUAA